CGACCAUUCCUUCAACGCUCUCAAGAAUUUCAUGUUAUUUUGCGAACCAUUUCUUGAACUCCUCAUUGAUACUCACGAUCAGCAUUUAAAAGAUGUUAAAAACGGUGUUGCGGAUCCUUCGAAACCUUCAGAUCCUAGUUUAUUAACGUCAAAGGUUUUAUCCAUAUUUGACGAUAUUUGGAAAACUUAUUAUGAUGAAUCAUCUAAUAAUUUAAAACGACUGACGCACACGUUUUUAAUCCGUAAUCCUGAAAAAUCAAUAAAAUCUUUAUAUAAAGCUGCUACCUUUAUAUUUACAAAAAACGCCGAAUAUACUCUUAGCCCGGGCUUCGAUAAAAAUAUAGUAGGAUUGAAAGAAUCCAAACAAAUAUUUGAUUUCUUAAAAGAUUCAAAUAAACAACCUAUUGUUGUGGAUGCUGAUGAUGUGAUUAACGAUCCAGAAGGAUAUUUGAAGAAAUAUUGCAAGUUAAUUGGAGAGGAAUUUAAGGAAGAAAUGCUUCAUUGGAAUGCAACGACAGUUAAUGAGUUUAAAGGAAAUAACACUAUCAUUUCAAAACUUAUGGUCCAUGAUGCGGAAAACAGUACUGGCUUUAAUAAAUUUACUAGUAUAUAUGUUUAUCCUGAAAUUGAAUAUCCACAAAUCGUCUAUGAUGCCAUCGCUGAAAACAAACCGUGUCGGCUAACACAAACGCCAUUCGAAGUUGAAAACGAUCUUUUUCAAAUAAAAAAAUAUAUUUUGAAUGAGAUGCCUGAAAACACUUCAGCUAAGAUUAUACGGGGCGAGUAUUAUGAAAAAGAUGCUUAUGAAUUCGAUACAUACCCGUAUAAAGAUGCCAAUGGUGUUAUCUUUUACGGGGAACGGCUUUGGUUGAAAAAUAAAUCGAAACAGGAUGAUUAUAUCGAUUAUCAUGAAAAGAUAGAUUUUUACGAUAUGGGUAUUAAGGAUGAAAAUUAUGAUAUCUUGGCAGAACGACUUUCUCAUCUUGAUGAUUUUAUAAAACAAUCAUUAAAGAAGUUGUUGAUAAAAUUAAACGGGGAAUUUCGUAAAAGAUUAAAAGAUUGUGAUAUUACCAAAUUUGAUGAUGAAGAAGGCCUUCUUGUGUGCGAGAAAUUUGUUAGCGAUAGGAUUCGUAUCGAUCCAGAUAAACACGUCUUUGUAUCUAUAUUUGGGAAUAUUUUUACUGUGGAAUUGAUAGCAGAUGUAUCGGACGAAGGCAUCGAAUUAAGACUUUGUGACAAGAGGG